CCCUAUUAUUAUUUAUGUGGGGUCCAAGAUGGCGGUGGCGCACAGGAUAGUUAAUGUAAUGGAGCUGGUGGCGGCUAGCAGGACAUAGGAGUUUUGCCGUCACCAGUGCUCCGGCUACACGGGGUUGAAGUAAAGGAAUAAGCAAGACGGUCUACAGGCCCUUAGCCUGGUGGUCUCGCAGGAGGCGCCCGUAUCCGUAAAGAAUGGCGGAGCCGCGCAGGGUGCCGUUUGUUAGCCUGUCACCCGUGAAGCCACGCGAGACUGGCGGAAGCUUGCUGGCGGAGCAGCAGCGGAGUACUUCCACCCCGUCGGCCGCUCAGCGCUCCCAGGUAGCUCGUCCUCCGCUUCCAGGUAUGCAGCCGAGGCCUUCUCCACAGACCUCGCUCCAGCGGCCCCAGCGAGAAGCAGCCACUUCCUCCACUACGGUCAGGGAGGCCGGAGCCUGUCCUGCCAAGGCCAACAGUAAAGCGGAGGACGAGAAGCAGAGGGCGGAGAACACCAUCAGGCUGGAGCUCACCCUGACAGACCCCACGGAGGAGAGCUGUGCGGAGUUCAGUUACCGAGUGCUGCUGCAGAACGAGAAGAAAGGCGGCAGUGUGGCCAAGGAGGAGGAGAAAGCUCCACCAUCCAAUGAUCCGUUUAAUGAUGACGAACGUGAAAGGCUUGAAGUAGAAAGAAUUGCAAAGAAAUUUGAAGCUAAAUAUGGCGUAAAAAGUCACCGCCAUCGGAAGGAUCGUAUGCAGGAUCUUAUUGAUAUAGGUUAUGGCUAUGAUGAGACAGAUCCCUUUAUUGAUAACUCUGAGGCAUAUGAUGAGUUGGUUCCAGCGUCAUUGACUACGAAAUACGGGGGGUUUUAUAUAAACACAGGGACACUGCAAUUUCGCCAAGCUUCAGAUUCAGAAGCUGAAGAUUUUGUUGAAAGUAAAAAGCACAAAUCGUCGAAAGUAUCGAAGUUGAAAGAUGAUGAUCGGUCACUUAAGAAACGUAAACGGAAGGAAGACCCAGGAGAGAAGGAAAAACAGUCAAGAAAACUGAAAGUCGCCAAAUCAAUGGGGGUUGUUGCCUUUAAUGCGCAUAAACCUGACAAAAAGAAGAAGAAGCUGUACAAAGACUCCAUGGCUCUCGCUGCAAUGCUUCAGAAAUUUCAGAAGGAGAAAGAUGCAAUGCGAAAAAAUGAAAACAAACCAAACCCACCAACUGUAACUGUAGUUUCUGCCCCUCCAAAGGCCAACACCACUCCCAUUUCCAGCGAUUUGUCUGAUCUGACACUUGGUAAUGACCCCGUCCUUGCCAUCUUUGGUGGGGGAAGUGAGCGAGAGCUUUUACAGGAGGCAGAGUGUGCACUUAAAAUGCUUGGGGAUUUUGACCUUGAUAAACUCUUGGAUUCUGCAUCUAAUGACAGUCCUGCAGCUUCAGAUCAGGGUGAGAAUGGGAACGUGGUACAGUCAACAAAUCCAGCCCAGGUGCAGACACCAAAACCAAUCCCACCUCUUCCUGAGGGUCUUCCAGCUCAGCUGGAAAAAAGAAUUGAAGACCUGCGGGCGGCUGCAAAAAUGUUUGAUGAAGAAGGUCGGAAGAAAUUUUUCACUCAAGAGAUGAAUAACAUUUUGUUAGACAUUGAGUUGCAGCUGCAGGAACUUGGCCCAGCGACUAGAAAUGGAGUUUAUGGUUAUAUCGAAGCAUUUGUACCAUGCACAAAGGAUACUCUUGUGAAACGACUGAAGAAACUGCACCUUCACAUACAGGAUGAUCGACUGAAAGAGCCACUACAAAAACUGAAAACUGCCAUCAGCAAUGUGAUGCCAGGCCAACUGAACAGAUACCAGGAAGAUUGUCAAGCACAUAACCAAGCUAGAAAUGCCAAGCAUCAAGCGGAUGAUGAUCGUGAACGUAAUCCGUCAGAGGAGGAAGAUGAAGAGAAGCCUGGAAAGAGAGUAAUGGGUCCAAGGAAAAAGUUCUGCUGGGAUGACACAAUAAGGAAUUUACUGUGUAAUCUAGUAAAAAUUAAACUGGGAUGUUAUGAACUUGAACCCAGUAAAAGUCAGACUGCAGAAGACUACUUGAAGAACUUUAUGGAAACCGAAGUUAAACCCUUAUGGCCAAAAGGCUGGAUGCAGUCCAGAAUGCUCUUUAAGGAGAGUCGCAGUGUGCAUAAUCACCUCACUUCUGCUCCAGCUAAGAAGAAAGUAAUUUUGGUCCCAAAACUGAAAACUAAGGAAUUAAGUCCAAAAAAAGAACAGAAACUUUCAACGCUUCUCCCUACUGUGGCUCGUACACCUUCUAUAAAUUCUACACCUAUUGGAGGUCCUGCAAGUUCUACUUGUUCUGAGACUAUUUGCCUGGAUGACUCCUUAGAUGAACAGCUUUCUUUCAAAACUCCUUCACUAGAAUCAAUCUCUGAAGCUCUGGCUGUUCUAAACAAUGGAUCCGUCCCACAAUCUAGUUCUCACGCAGAUGCCCCAACCUCCCGGCCAAAAGUUACCCUGAGAGAAGAAAAGCUAGCUUCCAUCAUGAGCAAAUUGCCUCUGGGUGGCCCUAAAAAGGCUGAUACUGCUCAGCAUACCACUAGUCUCAUUGCAGGCCACUCAACCCCUGUACCAAAGAAGCCCCAGGAUCAUGCAACAGCCCAUUCAACAGUGGUGUCUGGGCUCAUUGCAGGUUCUUCCAUUCAGAAUCCCAAAGUGUCAUUGGAACCAUUGCCAGCUAAGCUGCUUCAGCAAGGAUUGCAAAGGUCUUUGCAAGCUGAGGUAUCAUCAUCCUCUACACCUGCUAAAAUGAAAGCAUCUUCUGCUUCUCAACCUAAAACUGCUUGCGCGCCUUCCUCUACUUCACCAUCUCCCACUUCAGUACCAUUGACGUCUUCGUCACAUGCUCAUGUUUCUUCCUCCUCAUCGCAAGUACAGAACUCUUCUUUGCAAACAGUCAAGGUCAAUCCACCCAUUCAACAAAACUAUGUUACUCCUUUGCAAGUUACAAUAAGCAAAUCUCAUACUAAUCCUGUUGUUCGCCUGACCAGCAGUCCCCAGAUCUCUUCCACAUCACCCAUUAUCAAGACACCUGAAAAAACAGUUGGUUACCGACCACCUUCUUCACCUUCUCCAGGGAGCAGCCAGCAUGCACCAGUAUCUCGAACAGCUGCCUCUUCUACCUCUAGUAACUUAAUGUCAAAAAAUGUUUGCGCUCAUUCAAAUCCAGGUUUUAAGUCCCCUUAUACUAUGGCUCCUUCGCCCAGUUCUUCCAGUUCAUGUUCUCCUGUCCCCCAGAGUACGCCACAUCAUAAACUGGCAAGUGGGAUGAACAUUGGACGUCCUUCACCCACAGUUAGCCCAAUACCUUCUGGUCGAGGUACAGCAAUUCUUCAGGGAGUGAGAAACCCUUCUGCACCACCCAAGAUUCCUAGCUCCUCUCCCAAAUUAGUGUCACCUGUUAACAGGCAGCCAAGCUCCUCUCCAAAAAUACCUGUAUCUUCUCCAAUACCGUCUCCUGUCCCUUCUCCAAAACUGUCCAGUCCACCUCCAAAAAUACAAAGCCAAUCUCCAAAACCACCUAACCCACCUAUGAAAACCCCCAACCCAUCUACCAAGUCAGUGAACUCUACACACCCUGGGCCUGUUAAGGCCACCAUUUCCAGCUCUGUUAUAAAUGUGCCUAUCAGCAGAGCCAAUCAAAAUUCAAAUGUUUCAAAUAGGACUCAUAUUUCUGGGGCAUCAGGGAGCGGAGCCCUGGGUGCUACUAAACAGCCUAUGCCUCACAGACAACCAUCUGCCUCAGGGUCUCCUAUUGCAGCAGCUACUGUACAGUCUGCCACAGCAUCUCUCCUUGCAAAUACAGCACCGUUGACGCUCAUGACAUCACCGCUAUCCGUAACAAACCCAAAUGUGACGACAAGCCCUCUUGGUCCAUUUGGCAUGUUGGGCGGACUGGUACCGGUCACCAUGCCUUUCCAGUUUCCUCUGGAACUGCUCAACUUUGGGAGUGACACUGCUGGUGCAGUAACAUCCCCAGGUUCUACCUCAGCAGCUUUCCACCACAAUAUCACACAGAAUUUACUAAAAGGAUUACAGGCCACCCCUACGCACACACCUACCAUCUCCCACUCCGCUUUGCCUCCUCACAUGCAACAAGGGUACACAGAUGCAGCUCAAAGUAAAGGGGACUCCAAAUUGCAGCGUAAAAACCCAUGACAACUGAUCAGUUGAUCUAAGUGGACAAGUAAAUUUAAAAAUGAUUCUUCUGGUUGGCUUGGACAGUCUUAUCAGAAAGUGCUUUGCCGUCAGAAAAAGCUGCCGUGUGCUGUCUGUUUACAUUAAUCCUAAGCACUGUGGAGAGCGGAAGAAUACUUGAUCCAAGCAGGAGGAAGAAGGCAGCAGGAAACUGUCCAUGAGCAUGGUGCUAUCAAGCCACAAAGGAUUUCUUCUAGGGCGAGUGAUAGAUGGGGGACAAUGCUUCCCUCCGUAACCUUAAAUAAUCACUGGGCUAAAUGAUUGUUUUAUAUUUAUUUUUCUUGCAGGUAUCAUAGAGCAUAAACCACAUGAAGUGGCUAUGUUUGCAUUCCAUUCUAUAUUAAUGAAAUUGAAGAAUAAGGUUGCUGGAGAAACAUAGUUACAAAUAAAAUGCAGAACACACCUUUCGCCCCCUGUCAAGAAACUUAAAUUUGUGGAUUUUCACAAAUCUUUAUUUAAUUCAAGUGGGACUUUAUUUUCGGUUUUCAAAUGGUUUAUAAGCAUAAUUAAUUAAUUGCCUUAUUUUUUAUUUAACUGUUAAAACUUUUAAAAUUCAUGUAGGAUUAAAGUUUUAAAAAAUUUCUUGCACAAAGGUUCGAAAUGAUAGUCUUGGGAAGUUUAAACUUUUGCAAUUUUUUUUAUUUUAUUUUUAUAGUAGAUAACUUUUUGUGGUAGGGAGCAUUUAAAUUAAAUCAUGUGUAACAGUAAACUUUCCAUUGAUUUUCCUAGAACUUCAUCAGGCUUUCAUCAAGAAAUACUAAAAGCAUUUAUAAGGUGGUGCAGGUGGCAUUUCGAUAUAAAAAGUAUUACGUGAAAAAAAAAUUAAAUAUGCUGUUUCCACCAGUGUUUAAUACUUGAAGAUAUUUUCUUUCUGAAUGUUUAUAACAAUUGAGAUGAUAUUGCACACACUUAAAAAUUUUAAAAAAUUGUUUCCUGUAAA